CCAGCCACGGAUAACGUAGUUGGCAAGUGGUGUCCUGACCUCCUCUAGGUCGCCUUGGCCUUUAAUGAGUAGCUGUUGUGGUGCGUGGUGCUUGGCUACACCACGCGCUCGCCUGCCGUACAAGCCUCGAUGAAUGCCGGCAGGCGGCGCGGUCUGGCUGUAUGGUGAUAUGUUUGUCUUUGUGCGUGUCCGUGAGAGAGCGAGUGCGUGCAGUGAGUGUGCACACCACGUGCCUGGCUGCACGUGCGCUGUGGUGUGUUGGUUGUGUAUGUGAACCUUAUUCGUGGAUGUUAUUUGUUCUGUUCUAGGCAUGUGUGUGCGAGUACGUGUGUACGUGUGUUUGAUUAGUGUCGUAUGCUCGUUAAUUAAUGAGUACUAAUUGAUUGAUAACAACUUAGUAUAUAGGGGACUGUAGAGCUUGGGCAGUUGUUGGCACCGGCUCGUGAUAUGGCAACACUUGAGUCGUCGUCCUCUCUCUACGAGGAAUGAGUGAGUAACUCCGUGGUGCAUUAAAAGUUGAAGUUACUGUUAUUAUGAUUAUAUGCAGGCUGAGUGUACGGGCAUGCUCUUAGCGCGUUCGUCAGUGCACUGUUAGUGUCCAUAUCAUUGGCGAGUUUCUCGUGUGUGUGUGUGUGUGUACGCAACGGAGUGUGCAUGCUUGUUAUUUGAUAUCCUCUUCCCAUCUGCCGUGAGCGCUGCUUUAUCCUUCGCUGUGAGCGGUUUCACCCUUUUCCCGAUUCACGGCUGUGGAAGCCGAAUUCUGCCAAGGCACUGGCCACAGUGGUGCCAAGCCACUCAUUUUUAAGUGUAACUUAUUAUCGGGGCUUACGCCACAGUGCAGACGCGUUGCAUUGGCGUAGCGACGCUGCUGCAACACGGUGCAUGCCUUCUCAUUUGUGGCUUUGUUGAGCGGGGAGAUGCCGUUUUUGUUGUUGCUUGGCUCGCUGCUGCCUCUCGGCCAGUACUCGCUGCUGGCACGCGCGCGGUGCUCUUGAACGUCCGCUAUAAAUCAGCGUAUCGGCCUCUUGAAUUUCUGUCACUGUAGAAAACUACGACCGCUCUAAGAGCCCGCUGUGAAGGUACUCGCUGGAAAAGCUGGCCUCCACAUCGGGGGCAUACAGAGAGGCCCUUUUUGUCAGUGAAGGAGCCACUGGUGGACGUUUUGCAGACAUUAAAACAACGAGGCUGAUUCUGGAUCCCAAGCCCAUAACUUGUGCUCUUGUGUGUCACCUGGGGACACCAUUUGGGUCAAAUAUGUCUGCUUUCUUCCAAACUUGACAGCAGACCAGAGCUGUUUAACAUUUAGGGUUUUUUUUUUCCAGAGCAUUAAUUACGUAAUUUAUAAACUGAUGGAAAACAUGCCUUAGCCCCCGAGGCCCGCCGCACAAAGCAAAAGUAUAAUUUACAUUUUGGCAUAAUAUUAAGUAGGCCAGUUAUUAAAGGCUUGUUGAAAUGACCUCGGCUUAUUGAAUUAAAUGUUGCUUUUUUUUUAUCGAGGCCGGGCGCUGGCCGUGGCUGCUGUGGCCGUGCGUUCUUGUUGUGCCGUGCGUGCGUGGUGCCGUGCGUCCUUGCUGUGCUCGUCCGUGCGUGGUGCCAUGGCUGCUGUGGCCGUGCGUUCUUGCCGUUUGCCCGCGCUCGGCUAGUCGCGUGCGUUUGUUCGGCGACGCUGCCCCCCGCGUGUUGAUGCGGUGCACUGACGGCGUGUGUGUGUUCCUCCCGCACGCCGGCCGGCCUCGCGCCACAGCCCCACAUCUCCAGGCAGCUCCAGGUUACCACUGGGACACGUCCGAUUGGCUCCCAGACAAGCUGCAGGACAUCGAGGAGGAGAUUUGUCACUACCCGGCGGAGCUGCCGGGCUACCCGGGCCAGGACGCCCUCGAGCACGACUACUACGCGGGCGGUUACGACAUCGACAGCGACUACCCGCCCCCGCCGGAGGAGGACGACUACCCUGAGCGCACGGGCAGCCUGCCCCCCCCGCCGCCCCCCGGCUACCGCCCGCCCGGCGGGCCGGCCGCGGGCGGCGGCUCGUGGCCGUGCCGGCCCCCGCCGGGCGGCCACGCGGCGCCGGCCUUCGGCCCUGCCCACCCCGGCUCGUGGCCCACGCGUCCCUACUGCGGCUACGGCGGCUACGGCGGCGGGGGGAGGGCGGGCGCGGCGCCGCCCCCGCGCGCGGACAGCGGCCCGCGCCCCGCCCGCGCCCCCCCGGCGCGCGGGGACGCCGGGGGGGGCGCCCCGCCGCCCGGGCCCCGAGCGCUCGCGCUUCCGACCCCGCGCGAUGACGCGCCCGACCCCGAGGACUACGAGAGCCUGGCCGAGGUGCGGCUCCUCGGCGACGUCUACGUCCCGGACGUGGCGGGCGGCGGCGGCGGCGGCGGCGGCGACGGCAAGCAGCACACCGUGGUGUGA